UCUGCUCGCUCUCCUCCGCCUCCCUUGCUCUGCUCCCCUCGUCUACUUGCUCGUUGCUCUUAACAUUCUCUGUGCACCUCCGUCAACAUCCGCAUAGAAGUGCAACCUAGCGAAUCUGACCCGACGUACGCACAAGUGGAGGGGGUCUCAUGUCACAUCAGGCGAGGUCGGCGCCAUCGGUGCCCCGCGCCGACUUCACUAUGUCCACUUCCGUUUCCGACAUGGUCGAGGAUGCUGCCGACGCUCGCAACAGUAUGCCGAUGCCCUUCAAAUCGACGCUUCCUUCGAAUCUCCGUAGGCAAGGGUUUGGCGAACAAGGGAAGAAUAUAGUCGGCCAAGAGCUGCUUCGUCCGGAAGUACUUGGGCGGCACGACGACAUGGAUGUCACGCUAAGCACUGAUCAAGGGACCGCAGUAGAUGACUUUGGCGGACAAAUGGGUGCUAUAAGAGAUGAUGGUGAUGACAGCUUCAUUCCAGGCGUGGGACGAGGCCACCACAGACCCAGCGGAUCAUACAGUGGUCUCAACCACCCUGGUGCACAGCAUCACCUCUCGAGCCAUCAGUACAUACACCCCUCGCCGGCAACAGCAGCUCGUCACAACCGAUUGCGAUCGGAUGCUCUCCCUUUUCCUCCGACUUCGCGAGGUGCUGCUCGUCCAGUGUUGAGCAGCUCGAAGCGGACCACUGUGUCAGCAGCUCUGUCUUCGUCGUCUGGGGCGAGCGAGAGCGAGAGCGAAAGCAACGCAAGCACGGCCACGAGCGCCUCGCCCUUCAAGGCCGCCCGACGUGGAACCACGGCCAUGCCAAGUGUCGCAUCCACGGGUAAUCAUGCCGGCCUCGCAGCCACACCCCUCGGAGGUAGCAUGGUUGGGACACGGAACCCUUCAACGAGACCGGUGCUCGAUGUCUGGGCACUGGACGAGCUUGAUCAGGCAAUGGGCUACGGACGAGCAAGUGCAAAGUAUGGCUCACCUGCAGCAUUUAAACAGAACAAGAAGGGACUUCAUGCGAGUCCUAGCCCGGCGCCAAAGCUUCGUCACGAUCAGCUCAGCCGCGGUCCCAGCUCGCAGAGUCACUUUGAGGAUGCUGUUCGCGCGCUCGGAAAGGAGCUCGAAGGGGCACGGGUCUCUGAUGACCAAGAGAAUGAUGGCAGCAACGGCAGCGGCUAUGCACCCGGGCCCAACGACCGGCAUGGGCUGAGAAAAGUUAGCGAUGGAUCUGCUAAGACGAACAGCAGCGGCCGUACCCUUGUCGACGGUGCUUUCGGUUCAGAUGCGCACAAGCAGAGGGAGCGACAGCGCCAUGCGCUUGGCUUUGUGGACGGCAAUUCCCCCUCGUUGAAACUUCCUUCGGGCCAGAGGAUGGGAAAGGGAGCCUCGCAGGCAGGCACCUUCCUUCCUGAUCUGACCGGUAUGACGUCGGCCCUCGAGUCGCCAGUCAAGACCAUCGUUGGUGUGCAUCAUCGGCCAGUCGAUGCCGAAUCGAUGCGCAAUCGAUAUGCGGCCAAGGUCGAGGCUCGAGCCAAGGAAUUUAGUGAUCUGGCCUUCUACGUCAAGCACAUUGAAGAAGACUUGGACAAGACACAAAAGAGGGUCGAAGAGGUAGAAGCGGGACAAAGCAUGUGCGUCGAGGAGGUGCAAAACCUUCGGGGUGAGUUCAGCGCGUGGCGGAACGGCGAAGGUGCGCCAAAGGGACGUCGACGACGGGACGCAGCAGAGGGAGAUAUGCAUACACAGAGCUCGCCGACGAAGCGCAAGAUGGCUCAGAGGGACGACGAAGGGGUAGAGUUCAAGGUGCAGAAAAUGAGUGAGCAUAUCGCCCGGCUCAACGCCGACCUCGUGCACUACCGAGCUGCAAUGGAGGAGCUUCGGAACGAGCAGAGGGAGGAGUCGGAGCAGCGUCUGGAAAGGGCGCGAAAGGAGCAACAAAAAGCUCAGAGGGCUUCGCAGCGUCAGGCCUUCUCUUCACCAAGGAAGGGCUCGGCAGGUCCGCGAAGAGCACAUGCGACUACCGCGUACGCCGAAGAUGGGGAGCUCGAUGCUCUCAGGAGGCAAGUGGAUAAGGUCGCCCACGAGGUUCAGCGCCUCCGAUCUAUUGUCGAGCAAGGCGACGGCAACGAUGCCGAUGAAGGAGUACAGGACGGCGGGAGCAUCGUCUCUCACAAGCGAUGCUCUUCGGGCGAGCGACGAUCUUCUGGAGAACGGCGGGCUCACUUUGAGCAACAUAGCAAGGCCGACCUGCAAGCUAGCAGAUUCAGCAGUCAUGACGCCAGCUCGCCCUUUACAAGGGGCUUCCGAAAUAGCACACAAGCACGGGAACCAACAUCGGAACCCGUGUACCGAGGCACCACUGCUGAGUUUCUGGUGUCCGAGGAAGAGGACGAGCCAGAGCAUCUCAGGCACUCCAGCCCAGGCGUCGCUGAGCAUACCCUGAUGGAUGAGGAUGAGGAUCCUGACGAGACCGCAAGACCCAGUCAGACCCGUCCACCCUCCGUUGGACAAGAUCGAGGCGAAGAGGACAUCGCUGCGCAAGCUCAUACCCGAGCUGAAAAGGCUUUCGAAGCCCUCGGGGCUUCGCGCCUGGGUAAAGAUGCUCGAAGUGAGCAUCUAGGAGAAGGGGGCAGCAAGCACGAGGUGGAGAGCGGCAGCGCACUGCAACAUGACGUGAAUCAUUGCACAGUGUGCACAAGCAAGCGCAAAACGGAAAAGAGAAGGGAAGCACGCAAGCACAGGGCCCGCGAUCAAAUGUCAAAGGGGCAGGAAGCAGCGUCAAACGCAGAGGAGGAGUUGAUGCUGCAGUCCUUUUUGGAGGCUGCCGAGGCAGAAGGAGCCAACGUCUCUACCGCUUCUCGGCUCAGUACGCGACAGCUCAAGCUGCUACAGCGACUCAUCACCGAGCACGUCGACGAAUUCAUCCAUCAUCGUAUGCUCUACUGCGAGCUGGCCGACGAGCUGAAGCUCAUGGAACCCAGCAUGAGUCGAACGAGGAGACGCAUCCUCGCCGAGCAUGUCCUCGAAGCCGUCGAAGGCCUCGAGUGGAAAGCCCAGAGGAUCAAUGCUUUGCAGAGCUUGCUUCCUGCCCCGGCCACGGCUCAUUCGCCACCAACAAGCGACCCAGCACCGCUGAAACGACCCCAUCAUGUGUAAAUUAUAGACGCAUCCUUCUUAAGUGCCUUUCUUUCAUUUACUUGUCCUUUUUCUCUCUGCUUCAUCCAAAUCAUCAUCCAUCAAGCAUGCG